AUGGACACGUUGGUCUUACUGACCUCUCUCUUGGGACUCUUCUGUCUUGGUCGUGUGGAAGGAGGUCUAAGCGAUGAUUACAUGAGCAGUGGGGAAGCGCCUUAUAUAAUAGAACAGCCAUUAGAUGUCACUGUGGCUCGCCAUCAACCUGCAACAUUAAACUGCCGAGCUGGAGGUUCGCCCAGUCCUACCAUUCGGUGGUAUAAAAGCGGUGCCCUUGUUGUAUCGGAUACCCACAGAAGCCUUUUACCUGCUGGCGGUUUAUUCUUUCUGAGAGCAACCCAUGGAAGGGCACAUUCAGAUGCGGGAGUAUACUGGUGUGAAGCUACAAAUCCGUAUGGCACAGCGAGAAGUCGCAAUGCUACACUACAUGUCGCUGUUCUUCGUGAAGAAUUUAGACUGGAACCAGUAACUUCACAGACAGCUCAAGGAGAAACCGUUAUACUAGAAUGUUCACCACCGCGUGGCUCACCCGAGCCGACAGUCUACUGGAAGAAAGAUGGACAAAUUUUACAUUUUGACGGAGAUUCGAGAAUGCAUUUAGUAGACGGAGGUAGUCUUGUAAUACAAGACGCUACGCAAACUGACGCUGGCAGAUAUCAGUGCAUUGCAAGGAAUGCAGCUGGUACAAGAGAAUCUUCUGUCGCUACGCUCAGAAUACACAUUAAGCCGUAUCUAAUCGCCGGGCCUGAAGACAUCGUUGCACAAACUGGAGGCAGCGUGACCUUCAAAUGCAGGGUUGGAGGCGAUCCCUUACCUGAUGUUUUGUGGCGAAGAACAGCCGGAGGUGGUAACAUGCCACUCGGGCGUGUCAAAGUGCUAGACGAUCGUAGCCUCAGGCUUGACAACGUGAUUUUGACAGACGAAGGGGAGUACACAUGUGAAGCUGACAAUGCUGUAGGAGCUGUGAGUGCCACAGGAUAUUUAACUGUAUAUGAUCCCCCAAAAGUUACUUUAAAACCGAAUUCAGUUAUAGUAGAAAGUGGAACAAGUGUUACAUUUACAUGUACGUCGACUGGAAAACCCCAAGCUACCAUGUUCUGGAGUCUAGAAGGCAACCGAACAAUAAUAAUACCGGGAACUUCUAAAGGUAAAUACUACGCUUCACCUGUAUUGGAUAAUGUUACAAGAUUAACAAUCAAUAAUACUAGAAAAAAUGAAAGCGGGAACACAGUAGUUUGUUCUGCUGUUAACUUUGCUGGAAGUUCGAUUGUAAGAGGAAAAAUAAGCGUGACAUCAGAGGAUGACCGGCCACCACCAAUCAUAACAAACGGUCCCUCUAACCAAACGUUACCUAUAAAAUCGAUGGCAGUUUUCCCCUGUGCGGCCAUCGGCACACCUGAACCAAUUAUUGCCUGGUAUUUCGAAGGGGAAGCGUUAAUACAAAAUCAUAGAAGAAAUAUAUCAAGUGAUGGAACAUUGACAUUAAGAGAUUUGGAUAAAGAAGAUAGCGGUACUUACACGUGUGUUGCAUCAUCGCAACAUGGAAAGUAUGUAUGGAGUGGGGUUUUAUUAGUUGAUAGUCCAACAAAUCCAAACAUCCACUUCUUCAGAGCAGCGGACACUUCAGCAUUACCGGGUAGACCAACGAAACCAAUAACCUACAAUAUAACAGAUACGAGUGUGACUUUAACAUGGAAUCAAAAUAAUAAAAUUGGAUCGUCCUCUAUCAUCGGAUAUCAAAUAGAAAUGUUUUCGAGGGAGUCAUUGUCAGGAAACAACACGCCCAGAAAUUCUAGAGGAUGGGUGGUUGUUUCAAAGAGAGUAUAUCAAACACAUUAUGUUGUAAAAUCUUUGAUACCCGGUAUAACUUAUAUGUUUAUAGUGAGAGCAGAAAAUUCUCAUGGAUUAUCAGCACCGAGUUUAAUUUCGGAUGCUAUAACCGUAGGCGAUGAUACAAAUGGUUUAUGGGAAGGCGGAUUAUUUGCAAAUAACACCGAAUAUAGAAAAAAUAUUAUGACUGAUAAUAUUGUAGAUUUAAUUGAGGCAACGCCUAUCGAUUCCAAGACCAUAAAGCUUAUGUGGGAGAUAUUAAACUUCUUUUAUCUAGAGGGUUUAUUCAUAUAUUAUAGACCCUUAGAUAAUAAAACAAUCGAGUACGAAAUGAAAACUAUUUUGCAUUCCAAUGAUGUAUCUGGCUAUGAAAUAACGACCCUACGAAAAUAUAUGAAAUAUGAGUUCUUCCUUGUACCCUUUUAUAAGAAAUUUGAAGGAAAGCCUUCGAAUUCCAGAGUAGCUCAGACGUUAGAUGACGUUCCCGAUGGUCCACCAACAAAUAUCGAAAUGUACAUACUAAACGUCACAACAGUCCAUUUGAAAUGGCAUCCCCCGGAGCCAGAGUUGCAGAAUGGUGUAGUUAUAGGAUAUAACGUCGUUCUAAAUUGGUUGGAUAUACCGGCUAACAAGUCUAUGAUAGCUAUUAAUACCACCGUCUAUCAAGCCACAAGUCUUAUAAUGACUAAUCUGACAUCUGGCGUCAGUUAUUCUGUUCAAAUUGCUGCAGAAACUAUCGUUGGUUUGGGGCCAUUUAGCCAGAAGGUCUAUUUGAAUAUAGAUUCGCGCUCCGUAGGAUUAGAUCCAUUGUCAAGAUAUCCCAAUAAUGGAGAAGUAUCCAUUGUUGCCGGAGAUUUUGUAAUGGAAACAUGGUUUUAUUUCCUCAUUGGGGCUAUCGUGCUGUUUAAAGUUAUUAUGAUUGCUGGCAUUAUUUAUGUUCGGAGGCACAACAUAUUUGCUAAAAAGUCGGCACUCCCAAAUAUUUACAAUUCCAACGGCACCAGUUUAGUUACACAAAUGAAUAUUAAAGCAGCUGUAUCGCUAUCUCAUCCGUUGAGCAGUUGUUACAAUAAGAACUCAGUAACAAAAACUGAAUCACUACUGUGGAUGGAAAACCAACCAGGCCUAUGUAUGUCCGGGAAUCAAACGAGUCAGAGUAAAGAAAAAACCAAUUCGGAAUACGAUAAAGUCAGUCAUCAGCUUCCUGAAUAUGCAGAAGUCACUGCUUCGAGGGUGAACGGGAAUGAAUGGAAUACGAGCAAAACUGCCACCUCGCCCGCCGCCUACGCCUCAGUGACACUAGUAGCAAACACGAGGCAGUGUGUUAGUUCGCUGGGUUGGUUCCCUCCGGCAAGUAAAAGUAUUGAUAACUAUGAAAACCGCUAUCCUGAUGAAGAAUUAUACCCAGCUAGCAACGGAGGAUAUUACAACAGAAAUGUGUAUAGCGAGAAAUAUUUUCAAGGGCAUCCUAACGUCUUGAAAUUUUACGACCUUCCAUCGGUAGAUAAAACCCAAAAAGCACAAAUAAGAUACAACCAAAGCUUAGAAGAGAGGAAAGUUGACAAAAACUUUAAGACUGAAGUAACACAAUCUCUCAUUGGAAGAAGUUACGGUGUGAGUUCUAGAAAAAAUUCGGAAUCGGAAACUACAUACAGAGCUUUCGGCGAGGAUGAUUCUGAUGAUGAACAUUACAGAGAUGAUGGUGGCUACGACGAACUUCAAGCGAUGCAGCCUCAAAGACAGAGAUCGAAACAUCAGUACGAAAGACCAAAUUUCGAUAACGACCCGACCAGAACACUGGCGCGUCUUACAUCUUUUAAACAAGGUCAGAACAUUCACAUCGGUAACUCAGGAUCUCUUGCGCCAACCCAACCUCCACCAGCUCCGAAUCCAAGGAUUGAUUCAGUGACACGGUAG